AGCUGCCUCGUAUUUCCUGCUCUCCUGCACGAGUCCAUAUCCUCCACGCAACGGACGACCGACUACGACAAGGAGACAGCAAUCAUCGCUCCAUAACUACAAGACGAGAUUCCUUUCUGUAAUCGAGCCAGAACAGUCACUGAAUCACACUCGCGGCUUCCGACGACAGCCCUUUUCUCGAUUUCGGAAGGUCAACAAGGGGAACCGUCCAACGAUGGGUUUGGGAUUGGGAGCGCCCAUCUUCCUUCUCACCAUCCUCUUGCUAGCCGCUGGCUUGGGAGCUGUGCCGCAACCGCAACACAAGAGAAUUAUCCGAGAUUAUGGUUCUAUUGAUCUUGAAAUGAUUGAGGUUCCAGAUAUUCUCCCAAUCGACAAGGAGCAAAUUAUGUCUAGCAAAAUUCCUGUCCCUGCUACUAGGGGCCACCCAGUAUGCUCAACUUGUGAGAGCAUCUUAAAUAAAGCUGUAACUUAUCUAAGUGAGAAACAAACACAAGAUGAUAUCAUGGAGAUCCUUCACGGUGCUUGUGCUCAGACAUUCUCCUUAGAACAGAAGUGUGUUGAGAUGGUGGACUCCUACACAAAUCUUCUCUUUGCCAAGGUCAGCGAGAUCAAGCCAGAUGACUUCUGCAAACAGCAUGGCCUCUGCAAGGAUGUAACUUUUCUUUCUGUCGAGAAAAGCGAAAGCACUUGCACAUUGUGCCACCAUCUCAUCGAUGAAGUUCUCUCCAAAAUGAAAGAUCCUGAUGCACAGUUUGAGAUAAUUCAACUUCUAAUCAAGGAGUGUGACAAGGUUCAAGGCCAUGUCCAGCAGUGCAAGAGAAUGGUUCUGGAAUAUACCCCCCUCAUCCUGGUCAACGGCGAGAAAUUCCUUGAGAAGAACGAUGUAUGCACGCUUAUGCAAGCCUGCGACGCCAGCAAAAAGACGAUGGUCGGAUCGUUCUUGGAUGGGGGCUUGCGGAGCGAUGUCUGAAGUCAGAGACACACGUGUAGCCGUGUGUAGGCAUGGUGAAAACAGGGCGAUCAAGUGAUUGUUGUACAUAUGUGGGACGAAUGUUGGCUGUCUUCUUUAUGUCAUUGUACCAAGAGAUAAUGCAACACUCUGUCACGUUACCGUGCAUAUGCAUUCGUGCGACAAUAUGUAAAAAACCAACAGAUUUCAUACCUUCUGCUGAGUGAAUUUUAAUUUACAUA